AUGGAAGAGCAAGCUCAGAGCCUGAUUGAUAAAAUAUCAGCUGCAUUUCAGCAAGGAAAAAUUCUUCACGCUCCAUUCUCUGCUCCUCCACCAGGAGAGGCUAUGAUCCCACCUCCUCAUACUAUCCAGAGAACUCCUCGACCAGGUAUGAUGCCAGCAUCCAAUAUUAGAAGGCCCCCUAUGAUGCCAAUGAUGGGCCUCCCUCCUCCUGGAAUGAUGCCAGUGGGAUCUGCUCCUGGGUUGAGGCUGCCCAUGGGAGGUCAUAUGCCUAUAAUGCGUGGAUCCCCAAUAACGAGACCUCCUUCUCUUCCCAUGAUGGUGCCCAUUCAGCCAGGAACGAUCCUUCCAUACAGCUAA